CGCACGCGCGCUGAGCUUACGCGCGUCGUCAGUGUAUCAUGCUUCGGUGGUGAAGUGUCUGUGCUGUGUUGCAAAGACCGUGUUCUGUGCUCCAACAUGAGGUCUAUUAGCGCUGCGGUGCUGCUCGCACUUGCGGCUAUUACAGAAUGCUUCGGCGCCCAGUCAGAUCGGUCGAGGCAGCGUUCAGGUCCCAUCAGAAGUGUACCCGUAGCCGCCGAUAUCAAGAGGGAUAUAGACUUCGAUUGUCCUGAAGAAUUUGGCUAUUACCCACACCCCACCGACUGCACGUUGUACUACGUAUGUGUGUUUGGCGGCGCCUUGCUUGAGUCCUGCACUGGUGGUCUCAUGUACAGUCAUGAACUCCAAACGUGUGAUUGGCCACGAAACGUAGGCUGUGACGGUAGCAGCGCCCUAGGCGCAGAGGAUUUGGAGAGAAUCAGCGAGAGAGAACCACCACCACCUCCGCCCCCAAGACGAACUCCACCACCGCCACCGCCACCACCUCCAAGGGCGCAACCUAAUCCUGUGGUUACGUCUAGAGGGCAACCGAAAUUCAACCGCGAUGAAUACGAAAAACAACAACAAUUGUAUGCUGAUGUAGAUGACUUGCCACCAGCCGAAGAAAUCGAAAGUGAUAGACAGCAACGUGUAAAUCGAGGACAACCUUCUACUAUAGGGCAAGUUCAGAAAGACCGUGAUGGUUAUGUAUCUCAGCUAGUUAGUUCAGGAAGAAAUCUUAACUCUAAUAUUAUACCAGCUUCAAUACCUCAAAACAACGGUAAAAGUGGUUCUUUCUCUUUUGGUACUCAAAUUGAUGAUCGAAGAACUGCUGUAGUUACUCAAGCACCACAGACAUAUAGUGAAGACAAAAGUGACUACGUGACUGACUAUCUACAUGACAGACUAUUAGACAUUGAGACAAAUGAAAUCAAUGUUGACCACGUUACUGAAAAAAUAGUUUUACGAAGAAAAAGAGAUGUGAUAGGAACAGAAAUAGGUUCAAAGAAUGAGGAAAGUGAUGGUGUAGAAAAUAUUCAAAAGAAAAUCGAUAUAGAAGAAGAUAUAGUAUUUUCUGAUAUUGAUAUGGAAUCGGUUGAUGAUGACAAUAAUCAAGACGACACUGAAAGAGGAAAACGACAAGUUCGGUAUUAUAUUAAGAAUGGCUAUAAACCUACAAAAAACUGGGGUACUGCAAAACCAAUAAAAUUAGUAAAUUUGCAACAUUAUAAUUUUAAUUCGAACCCUCAAAAGGAAAGAUUUCCGUUAAAUUUUCAUGAAGCAAGCAAAACUAAUGCGUAUGACUUAACACGAAAUCCGUAUCCUUCUGAAGGAAACUUAUAUUUGGCUUCAGAUUCUCAUCCAUUUUAUGAAAUAGAUUCGGAAUCUCAACGAACAUUUAAGCCAAGUUUACGUGAUCCAACGAACCAAAAAUUUAUUCAUAACCCAGCAAAUGCGGGUACACAAAUAAUUACAAAAAGUCCACCAAUAUCAACAUUGAAAAAUGGUAAUAAUCCAUUUACUUCAUUAGCAGGUGGAUUUUAUAAUAAUUCACCUAAACCUAUUGGAAACCAAUAUUCCUCGCAAAUAGUUUCAUCAAUAAAUCGUCCAAGCCAGCAAGUUCUAUUUCCAGAUUCGUCGCAAUUACCAAGCACUGUAGUGACAGGAAAACCAAUUCUUAUGAAUACGUUAUCACCAAAUACUCGGAAUGAAUAUAAAGUAAGGCCUGCGGAUUCAAUAGACCAAAAUAAAAAGAAUUAUAAUGAACACAGAAAUGGAAAAGAAUUUAAUCAUAAGCAACAAGAUUAUCCUGAUCGGGAUAAUUCUAAUGAAAGCGAGGAGUCAAAUGAGUCAUCAGAAAAUUAUUCUUCUGAAAAGAAUAAAGAUGACGACGAACAUGAUUUUUCUGAAUUACCAUACGAAUAUACACACCCAAAUCAUAAGUAUGCUGAAAUUGAAAAUCCUUUUGCUGAUCCUAAUUUUGACUUUGAUGCAUUUUUAACAAAAUUAAGUGGCGGACAAUACACAACCCCAAAGUUUAAAAAUGUUCAAAUAGCAGCACUAAGAGUAACCAACCCUCCUGCAGAAUCAACUACAGCUACUAAUUAUAAUUCGGGCACUCGAUCGUCAACUAUAAAUUACCAAGGGAUGAGUACUCCACGACCAUUUACAGUUCCUGUAGGCCCCAUAGGUACUGUUAUAAAUGGUACUCCAAAUGAAUCUGUAAAGCAAACUCAAAAUAUGGAUCAAUGGACACAAGUACCACAUUAUAAGCAGCAACAAAAUAAUAUAAGACCACAGCAAAAACAGCAGCAAAAUAAUGAAGAACAUCAACCGUUAAGUCAAAAUGUUUAUAGAAUACCACAACAACAUUCUGAAAUAUCUGUACAAUCUAUUAGACCUCAUAAUUAUAAUAAGUCUCCGAAUUUAAAAGGUGAAGGUCAAUUGCCCAUAAACUACAGUUUUAUUGGAACUAUAGACAAUAGUGCAAGUCGUGGUCAUAAUAAAACUAAAUUAAGUAGUGAAAAUCAAUUUUUUACUAUGACACAAAAACCAUAUUCAAUAGUAACAGCCACUAAUGCGCCAAUAAUUUUGUCGACACCAAAACAACAAUAUUUAGUAAAACCUGAAAAGGUUAUCUUAGAACCACAUUUAUUAGCAACUGGAAAACCAUAUUUGUUUUCUACUCCUAAACCACCGACACAAAAUACUUUUACUGUUUUUAAACAUUCAACUGCAAAACCAUUAACAACAUUGGCAAAUGAACAACUUUCAGCAUUACAAAAUUAUUGGAGAAAUCCUUCUACAGAAUCUCAGUUCUUUGUACAGUCAACUCCAAGGCCCAAUUCAGUAUCUGAUAUUCCAACAAGGCAAAAUUAUGUAUCGCAAACAAAUACACCUCUUCUUACGCCAAUAAAAGGUAUAAAUAUUUUCACGAAUGUCGCAAAAAACCCAGUAUCUUCUACUACAACAGCACCUUUAAAACGUAAACCUAUUCCUAAACCUUCACCAGAAAUGAAUGAUUACUAUUAUGAUGAUGAAGAUGAUCAGUAUUAUUAUGAACCUCCUGUAAAAUCUAAGUAUAUGCCGAGUUCUGAGAUUCGCCCUAAAAGGCCACAAAUGGCACAGAACUAUAAGGAAUAUGAUGAUUAUUAUAGUUAUGAAGAAGAUCCUCAAGAAAAACCAAUAAAUGCUAGACCUAGUUAUCAGACAGCAAGAAUACCAACAGCUUUUACAACAAUUAAACCCAGUACUGUGUAUAAGAAUCAGAAUGACGUAUCAGUUGUAACCAAAGCCCCAAUAAAAGAUUUCAAUAAAAUCGUUGAUGGAAAGGUUACAAUUCCUGUAAUUGUACAUUAUGGCAAAACUACUCCAACCAUUCUAACACGUCCAGAAAUAUCUAAUUAUAACAUAGUUCAUCAAUCUCUGAGAAAUAAAACGAUGUAUUCAAGAAAACCUACUAUUUUUGCUACUGGUCCUUUCACACAGAGACCGCCAAAAUAUUUGAAUCAAACUACCCUCAGACCUUACACUGUUAGGCACCGAUUAGCUAAGCCAACUGCUGGUAAAGAAUCUGUCACGAUCGUUUCAACUGAACCAACUAGAGUAAACACACGUCAUCAGAAUUUAGUGACACAAAUUAUGAAGUUUACUUCACCUCGUGAUAACUACAAUCAAGAAACUCGGUAUACUAAAACUAAGCAUGACGAUAAGACAAACAGUUUGGAACCAACUGAAAGUGUUGCUCCAGUAUCAUAUUCAGCAAGUCCUCGGCCCAAAAUGCUAUACAAUGGCUCUCAAAACUAUAGCCCCGAUCAGUAUGAUCCCUAUUACGCUGUUUAUGAUGAGGACGGCGAGUUGUAUAAGGAUACAGACUAUGUGCAGCAAUAUAAUACAGCUUCGCUCCGACCAGCAGUACAGCAAACUUACCGAGGAACACCACCAUCGCGAAGACCGGUCGAGACGUAUACACCGAGACCGGUGUCCAAUGAUGACUAUGAUGACGCACUUAUUCAAGGACAGAUCAAUAAUCAAAACCGGUACCAAUCUGCCAUUCGCCAUUCUACAAGGGGCGAGGGUAAUGAAUUGGGCUAUGAUCAUAAUUUGAACAGCGUGAGGACACCCGCCUAUGAAGUUACAUCUAUUAGCACUUCUUCUACUACGACUAGCACAACCACUACUACCACUACUACACAACGCCCAACUACUGCACCGUUCACUGAAGCAAUGACCCCAUCUCGAUAUACCACAAGAUCAUCCACAGAUGAAAACCUUGUUCGAAAACCAGAAUCCUUAAUGAGUCAAUCUCCUAUAAAUGAAUAUUCCACUACUUCACCAGCUCCUACAACCCUAUCUUCUGUUAUCAACUUCUCUUCCCUUGCUAAACCUUUUGAGAAGACUGACAAUGUGUACAGAUUAAGAGAGACGACAUCUUCCACUGAAAGACUGUCAACUUCCAGACAUUUUCGUGUGACUAACAAUAAUAAUAAUGUAAAUGGUGUUCAACCUGCGAAUGAAAGGGAUAAGAAAAAGGUUUUGUCACUAACAACAGGUUUUUCAAUUAGGCGAAAUCUCAAUAAUACUAAUAAUCCUUAUACGUUGACUGUAUUAACGAGACCAUAUGAUGAGUACAAUAAGUCUAGACAAACUUUUUCAGAUCAAAAUAAAAAUAAACAAAUACCUUUCAGUAGAUUUUAUCACAAAAAUAAUAUUGAGGCGAAAACUGUUGUACCAGAAGAGAGUUUAUUAGAUAAAAAAGAUAAGGUAACUUCAAUGCAACGAAAAAGUAGUUCAGAACUCGUUAACGAUGAAGAUGACAUACAAAUAUAUAUUAGACCAGUACAUAUAAAAAGUACUGUAAGUCCUGUAAUAUCUACUACAUCAUCUAAACAAACUAUUAAAUAUUAUAUAAAAUCUAUAGAAAGACGACCAAUACCUUUUUCGAUGAAUAAAGGUGAGACAGUGGACUCAAAUGAAAACAAUAUUAAUAAAGAAUCACUCACAGAUUCCGCUAUUGAAAAUAUGCAAACUAAAAUAUCUACUGAUACUAUCUCUCAUUCAGACACUUCUAUUCCAUCACGGGAAAAUCCGACAGAUCCUAUUAUAUCGCCUUAUAAAACAAUGGUUAAUUUAAGAUUAAAAUAUAAUCUAAAAAAUGAUCUUAUUCCCGAACUUUCUACUUCUACUUCCACAUCUUCUGUACCUCCUACACUUUCGAAAUUACAUAAGCCAUCUUAUUAUAGUUAUCGGGUAUUAGACGAUGACAUAUCUGACCAAACUACAGAAGUGUUUAGUGGUAAAGUAAGAAAUGUUAUUAAAGCCUUUUUUAAUAAUUUUGUUACUUCUACACCAAUACAUGAAUAUGAUGGUUCUAGUACUGUAGCUGUAACUCCAAUUUCAAUAACAGAAGAAGUAAUUAAUAUAGGUAAUAAAAAAAAUACUCCAAAAUUUAUUAAUGAUAAAUUAGUAAACAAUAAUUUAAAACGUUUGAAAGUUGUAGAACCAGUUAUGAUCUCUAAAAAUGAUGAAACGAUGAACUUUACUGAACUGGUUCAGCAUGAUAGCGACUAUACAUUAUCAACUGUAAAAACACCACAACAAAUUACAAAUAAACCUACACCAGCGUUUAUGGUAGAAAGUUCGACUACAAACGAGUUUAGAUUUAUACCAAAUAGACAGACGUACGAAUCUAAAUUUAAGGGCUUGAUUGAAAACAAAGAAUCUGAAGUGGAAAAUUUAAAUAAAUUACAAAAAAAUAUAAGAAAACAAGCUUCCAUUGGAAUCAAAGAAGCUUCCAUUGAAAGCGAUAUCCACGAUACUGAACCGACUAUACCGACAAAAACUGGUGUUGAAUAUACAAGUAGAAUGUUUAAUGACAUUGUGUCUACUACAAGUACAACUAAAUCGACAUCGACUGUGAAGGUAGACUCAUUGACUGCAACGAAAAGUAUAUCCUUUCCGACACGAGCUUCACGAGUCAAUCCCGCCAUAAAGUUAGCUGCGACAAACCCUGGAGGUGGGCGCAGGAGUUACCAAUCAACGACCAAAUGUUCAUCAGACAACGGUCUGCAAGCGAAUCCAAAAUGCAACGAAAUCAAAUAUCAGAGGCCAAGCAGUACACGUGGUCGUGGUUCUGCUCACUACUCUACUGGGUCGGAUGUACCUCAACCAGUUCCAAACCGAGGAACACCUCCAACUCGCAGUCGACCAACUCUCAAACCAUCUACGGCAAUCGUAUCAAAGAGCACAGAAUUUGUAGAUGUAUACCUUCAUCCACCAAGUAGACCAGCACCGGUCUAUCCACAACCAACUCCGGACAAAACAGCAGCUAAAUGUAGGAAAGAUGUUUGUUUGCUGCCUGACUGCUAUUGCGGUGGAAAAGAAAUACCAGGCGAUAUGCCGAUGGAGACUGUACCACAAAUCGUUCUACUAACAUUUGAUGACUCCGUGAACGAUUUGAAUAAGGGUCUAUAUAGUGACUUAUUUGAGAAAGGCCGUGUCAAUCCUAACGGUUGUCCAAUCAGCGCCACAUUUUACGUUUCCCAUGAAUGGACCGAUUACAGUCAAGUGCAAAACUUGUACGCUGCUGGACACGAGAUGGCUUCACACACGAUUUCCCAUAGUUUUGGAGAACAAUUCUCCCAAAAGAAAUGGAAUAGAGAAGUGGGUGGUCAGAGAGAAAUUUUGGCGGCUUAUGGUGGUGUAAAAUUAGAGGAUGUGAGAGGUAUGAGAGCACCUUUCCUCUCAGUUGGUGGUAAUAAAAUGUUUAAAAUGUUGUAUGACUCAAACUUCACUUAUGACUCCUCUAUGCCUGUUUAUGAAAACAGACCACCUAGCUGGCCAUACACCCUGGAUUAUAAAUUAUUCCACGAUUGCAUGAUUCCACCAUGUCCAACGAAAUCAUAUCCAGGUGUCUGGGAGGUUCCUAUGGUGAUGUGGCAAGAUUUAAAUGGAGGAAGAUGCUCAAUGGGAGACGCGUGUGCAAAUCCUCCUGACGCAGAAGGAGUUUAUAAAAUGAUAUUGAAGAACUUUGAUAGGCACUAUACAACAAAUAGAGCUCCAUUUGGUUUGUUCUACCACGCUGCUUGGUUCACACAACCCCACCAUAAAGAAGGUUUCAUAAUGUUCCUGGACUUCAUUAACCAGAUGCAAGACGUUUGGAUAGUUACCAACUGGCAAGCACUACAAUGGGUGAGGGACCCAACGCCGAUCUCUAGACUUAAUAACUUCCAACCUUUCCAGUGUAAUUAUCAGGAUCGGCCGAAAAAGUGCAACAAUCCGAAAGUCUGCAACCUGUGGCACAAGUCUGGAGUAAGAUACAUGAGAACUUGUCAACCAUGUCCUGAGAUCUACCCGUGGACCGGUAAAACUGGCAUCAGAUCGUCACGUAUUGAUAACGACAAUGGAGAAUAAAUUAAAUUUCCAUGAAAUGAUAAAGUAGAAAAUAAAUUUGUCUUUUGUAAUGAUCCUAUCCUAUAGAGAUAAAAAGCCUAAAGUCAGGGAUCAUUAAUUUGUAAAUUUGUACACAGUAGAAAUUGUUUUGUCACCAAUUACUGAGUGCCAUUUAGAUUUCGAUGGUCACAAAGCAAGACUUGAUAUAAAAAUUUAAACAAUUUCAUUGAAGUUUGCGAGUUCGAACGGAAUUCUUCAAUUUAUUCUUCAUGUUGUGUUCCAUUGUAUUGGAAACUGUGAUAUUAAGUGUUUUCAAUCGUGUAGUGUGAAGAAUUUGUCAAUAUUAUUAAUUUUAUUGCAUAAAUUAAUGUUUACUAUUUUACGUAGUACACUUCUCAGUAGUUUUAUCCUAUUUUGUGUUCUUUCGUAGUUACACUUUUAUAAUACUCUAUAAUUAAUAAAAAAAAGUAUCACUAGUAAAAUAGAAAAGCAAAUGAAAUUUCACAAUAGCCUUCAGUAUUUUCGCUUUAGUAAUUAGACAAUAUUUCAAGCCAAGAAUUGUAGUCAUGUCUAAAAAUCAUUUCAAUAAUUUUAACGGAAGCCAUAUUAAAAUUUAGAAAAUAUUUUUUUCUAAUCUUGCCAGCUUCGCGGUUGUCACUGCCUUUUAUUAUUUGUAAAUAUAGAAUUAGUAUUAGUGUUUAAUUGUCUGUAAUAAGUUUCAAUUGCGGUAAAUGCUAAGAACAAUUACUUAUUGUUCUUAUGGUAUACCAAUAAAAACUAUCACCAUUAUUAUUUUAUUGCAAAAUGUAUUUGCUGGAACAAGAAAUGACAAGAAAAUUAUGUUGAUGAUUUAAAAUUACCGUGUAGCGUUACCUAGACGUCUGUUCACAUCGUUGACUUAGUGAUGUAGCACAUGUCUAUGUGACUCAAUAAUUUCUAGGUACUUGUCAAAAAGAAAAGAAGUAUCUUUGUGACUUUGUCGUUUGUCCUUGAUCAGUAAAAUAUUGACUCGAUCGGCAAAUUUACUAUAUUUAAAUGAUUAGAUUAGAAAACUUUGGUGUGCUAUUGCAACUAAAGUCAUUGGAAGCGCUUGCGACGAAUCUAUUUAUCUAAAUGAUGCAUUAUUUAUAGGUCCUAUUAUUGUAAAUAUUAGGUUAAUAUUUAAAAUUGGUAGUUUCACUUUUUUAUAUUGGACAUGGUUAUAUCAAUAUGACUUUUGAUUUCAAAGUACAUCGGACAUAGCAUAUUAGCACUGAUACUUAUUAUAAAUUGAGUCUGGACAGUUUUUAUAUAUUUUUUUUAUAUGUACAAGAAUUAUGAGAUAUGACCAGUGCUAAGAAAUAAAAUAUU